AUGUCUAACCGCUGCUUGUUUAGCUAUCAAUUCCCUCAUCGUGUGUACGAUUCGAAGGUUUAUCCAAUCCAGAGUCCCAACGGAUCAACUGUGAUAAUAUAUGGGCAUGACUUUGGCAUAAGAAUACUAUGGCGAGGAGGCAAGAGCUUCAAAAAGCAGAAGACUCAGCAGGAUGGCGCGGAAGCGAAAGCCCCAGUCAAUGGCGUCGACAACAAUGACUCGAUCAUGAUCAUCGACUCAGAUGAUGAGGAACCUGCUCCUACACCCCAGCCAGAAAUCGCGCUUCCAGAGUUCGAGGAUGAUGAAGAAGAAAUUGACCCUUCACGGCCGUUUGAGAACAUCAUUCAAUACCUUGAUGUCAAGCUAGAUACGAAAGUUUUGGGUAUUGCAGUACCCAGCAUUCUGCCCGGGGCAGCACGCUUCCUCAGCUCGAUAUCGCCUAUUCUAUCAAACAUGAUAGUAGCCACCGCCGUCUGUAGUGACUCUUCGGUGCGCAUUGUUGCAGUCCCGCUUAUACCUCCCCCUCCCGGCACUGUAGAUGCGGAAUUCUGGAAACCACAAAUUAUCAGCCUCGGAGAAGGCUCUGUCCAAGGGCUUCCUGCCACAGCCGCCAUAACAUUUACUCGGCAAACCCAAACAGACGAGGAUGGCAAUCGUCGGUCCCAAAGCCGAGGCCGCGCCAUGCAAGAUACUCCACCAUCUGUCGGAAGUUGGGAAAUCCUUGUAGCCAUCCAUACAUCUGAUCUGUCAGGCAAACUUUCCGUAUACCGUAUCCCCUUCGAUGGAGAAAUGGCACAGGGGAAGUUAUAUAGCCUCUCAACUGAGCCGCAGUUCCCUAUUCGGCAACAAUUCCUCAAGUCUCCGGCUAGCAGCAUAUCAUUUUCUCCUUGCCAAUACCCUUCAGAGCGCCAUUCCCAACUACUCUUGUCGUUUACAAAUGGCUCAGUUAAAGUUUACUCCUGUCUUUCUACACCACAAGCAUCCAACCUCGAUAAGAAACGCUCUGGGACAAAUGCAGAAACCGGUGACGCAACCGGGCGGUGGCUCGUUACUCUCUAUACUGACUUCGACCAAGUUCCUGGAGAAGUUCCUCGCCGCAAAGGAAUAGUCGAUGCAAAAUGGGCCCUUGGUGGCAAAGGUGUCUUUGCAUUGCUCUCUAAUGGGGAAUGGGGAGUCUGGGACAUUGACAGCUCUCAAGGCGACAAUGCCCACCAAGGCAGAUCAACGAGUUCACUCAGCUCUUUUGCGAUAGCUGGACGCGUGGGGCCCUCAGAACGUACUGUACGGUCUCAAGGCCAUGCUGACACGUCUGAGUCCAAACCCGUUCAAUUCGCUCCUCUAACUCCGUCUACACGACGUAUCCGAGAAGAGGCAUUGUUCAAGGGCGUACCAAAUUCAGCAACUCAACAUGCAACUAGGGGCAGCAUUUGCAUAAUUCCAUCAAACCAAACCUGGGAUCAACCCGCCGAUGAAUCAGUGCUCCUUUGGCAUGGAACUCGUAAUGCAUACAUCCCAAGCCUUGCUGGACUCCGAAGAAACUACGGUAAGCAGGGGUUAUUCGGCAACAACCAAGCUGGCCCAAAACCCACCUUGAUUGAACACAUCAAUUUGCUCGGCGAGGUUCAAAAGGGAAUACAGUUCCUAUCUCUACCAACGCCUGCAAACCAGUUCAAUCUCACACCGAUACCAACCAUCCUCAUUACCGCAGAGCGCAGACUCAUCAUUCUGGCUGAAAACCUAUUGGACUCGGCAGAAGCGAAGCAGAAGGCCCAGCAACAGGGCAAUGCUCCUGUGGUCAAAGAAGAUGACCAAACCAUGCUGCAGCGAGGAGAGCUGGAUAUCACUGGCAUGGGCCGCGUUUUGGCAGGUAUGGCUGCUAGUAGUGAAGCAUCAUUUGGACGAGGCAUGCAAACCAGCAGCUUGUUUUCUUAG